GUAGUGUUUGGCGGGCCGUUGAAGACAGAGCUCGGAACGAAAACCUCCGUUCUGCUCCUCUCGUACAGAAGCUCCCAGCGCCGACCAGACCCAGUCCUACCCCGCCGACGAACUUGGCACGGCAUUCCCGAACCGAGUAUUCGUCUCACCUUGAACCUGCAGCGGUACAGGACCACACCCGAGUCCACUGUGUGUCCCGCUCACACCUCAGGUCAUGGCGUCUAACUGGGACCGGCCGUCGUGUCGGUCGUUCCUCGGCCCGGUCUGGUUGCUGCUGCUGCUGCUGGUGCUGGUGUUUGUGGUGACAACAGUUCACGGUGGAGAAUACUGCGAGGACUUUGAGGGCGGUGAUCUGGGCGACUUCUGGAGACAGAGCCCACUGGACUUGGGUGCAACCUGGGAGCCUUCGAGUUACCAGGAGCUGAAGGAGAGCAUUCCCGACUUUCCCGAGCCUGCGAGCGGGGACACUAUCGUUUAUCUAACUCCUAAAUCUGGAAGCACCUAUGGCAGCGCCCGACUGGUAAUGAAAGACGCAUACAACUUUCCGGCCGGCUCAAGCAUCUAUUUUCGCUACUGGCUCCGUUCGCAAUACCCCGCAUCAGGAACGCUGGAAGUGAAGAAAGUAAUUGGUACGAUGGAAGAGCCAGAUAUUCUCUAUUCCCUCACACAGGAGUCCGGACCGACCGUUGAUUUCUGGAAAGAGGUCAACGUCACAAUCCCUACUGACACCGAACAAUUUAAGAUCAUGCUUUUCGCUGCAUGCUCCACGGGUCCAAAGGACAACAUCGCUAUUGACGACGUAUCCGUGUACGGCCCCACCGAGUUGAGCCAAACGUGCGGCGUUACAACAACAACAACAACAACACCGGAGCCGACCACAACUGAGCCGACCACAACUGAGCCGACUACAACACCGGAGCCGACCACGACUGAAUUGACCACAACACCGGAACCGACCACAACACCGGAGCCGACAACACCGGAGCCGACAACACCGGAGCCGACCACAACUGAGCCGACCACAACGACUGAGCCGACCACAACUGAGCCGACCACAACACCGGAGCCGACCACGACUGAAUUGACCACAACACCGGAGCCGACAACACCGGAGCCGACCACAACUGAGCCGACAACAACACCGGAGCCAACCACGACUGAGCCGACCACAACGACUGAGCCAAGUUCAACUGAACCGACCACAGCUGAACCGACCACAAUGGAACCAACCACAACUGAAUCGACCACAAUGGAACCAACCACAACUGAAUCGACCACAAAGGAGCCAACCACAACGCAAUCAACAAUGCCAUCCACGCCCGGAACAUCGACAACAGAGCUGUCGAGCUCAACGGAGCCGGGUAGCACGCCUUCGGGGCCCACGGACGCACCCACGGGCGCCCCCACGGACGCCCCCACGGACGCCCCCACGGGCGCCCCAGAGCCGACGGCCGGGCCGGGCCGCGGCGACGACCGCCGGUACGGCUCCAGCGCGCUCCUCUGGGUGGUGUUUGUGGUGCUGGGCGCCUCCACGGCGCUGGCGCUGGUGCUGGCAUUGGUGCGGCAGCGGCAGCGGCGGGACGAACGGCUGGUGCUGGUGCAGCACCAGGACCGCGGCAGCACCAGCAGUAGCGACACCAGCGGCUGGUACGACUACAUCUCCAAAGACAGGUGGAGGCACGCGAAGACACGUCUGGCGGACCUGAUGAAAGGUUUGAAGUGAUCCGAUGGAGAGUCUGACAUGACCUGACAUGACCUUCGUGCGCAUUGCGCAGUGCACUGGGUGCGUAGUGCACAGUGCACAACAGAAACACGCAUUGAUCGUACGCUUAAUUUCACGGCCGGACAGCGUCAGCGUUCAAACAUAAUCCCUGCCUGCUCGGAGAUGUUUUGUGGUCAUAUGGUCAUAAAGGUAAACGACACGGAGGGACUAAGGAACAUAUGUAAGUGUGCAUUGUAUUGUAUGUGUUGACAUCAAAAGCCUUCCACAUAUGGCGUGUAGCUAUAGGAUCGGCCACCACCUACAUUGUCCAUGUAACUAAAUAGUCAUAAUUGUGAUGGGUAAGGACAAUGUGGUAGUGUAAGGACAAGUGGUGAAUGUGACAGUGCUGAUGCUUCGAUAUUGUGUGUACGAUGCUCCUUUGAUAUUCUAUGUUUGUGCGCGGAAGUGAAAUGACAGGGAACUGCUAUGUGAACUGCUAAUGCAAGUGGCUUGAAAGCGGCAAUAUUGCUUCCAGUAGCAGAAUGUGUUGUGUUUUACCUUUAGUUCGAUUGUCUAGCGGCAGUACGUACCUACAGUACCAGUAGGUAUCUUGCGGCUAUUAUGCGCUUAAGUCCUUUACCGAAUCAACUCAGCUCAUUGAAGCUUGUCUUGUAAAAAACGACUGGUUAUUACAUGCAUUUUAUUGUUUA